UUAAUACUUCUUUAAAUGUUUGGUAAAAGUUAGUCACAUGCUUCUCACUAGGGGUGUCACCUUGGAGAUUUGGUUGGCUGGGUUUGUGAAGGAUCAAUAUGCCUUGGGCUAGAGAUUUAAUACAUCUAUCCUUGGAAGAGGAAAAGAAAAAACAUAAAAAGAAAUGGGUAGUUCAAAACUCAAAUUCCUAUUUUAUGGUUAUAAAAUGUCCGGGUUGCUACAAGACAACCAUGGUUUUCAGCCAUGCUCAGACAGUGGUUCUUUGUGAAGGCUGCUCAACAGUGUUGAAGCAAACAGGAGAAAAGGCCAGACUCACAGAAGGGUGUUCAUUUAGAAGAAAGUAACACUAAUGAUCUACACAACCUCCUGAAUUAGUGUUAUAUCGAAGAAAGCCUUAUCAGUUCAGUAAUUCCUGUUAAUAUACCAAGAUAUUAUGUUUAAUUUUGUAGGUAUAUAACAGUCAUCUCCUAUUUUAU